ACCGCGAGAGAGAGAGAGACACCCAGAGAUGGAAAGGGAGAUGGGGGGCUCUUCCUCCGAGACCGAGACUCCUUUUUCGAUCGGAAACCCUAACGCUACAUUAGAGAAAGGGAGCAAGAAGAAGAAGAAGAAGAACAAGGAGAAGAAGAGGAGGGAGGAGGAGGAGGAGGAGGAGAUGGGGUGGGAGGGGAGGCCGUGGGAGGCGGAGUGGCCGAGGAGGAGCCGGGGCGGCGGCGGGGUGAUGCUGGAGGGCUACGUGGAGGCUUUGGACGGAGCGGAGCCAGGGGCGGAUGGCGGCGACGGGGUGGUCGGCAGGACGAAGAGCCUGACCGACGAGGACUUGGAGGACCUGAAGGGGUGCUUGGAUUUGGGGUUCGGUUUCAGUUACGAGGAGAUCCCCGAGCUUUGCAACACUCUCCCGGCUCUCGAGCUCUGCUACUCGAUGAGCCAGAGGUUCUUGGACGAGCAGCAGCAGCAGAGCCGGUCGCCGGAGGCGGCGACGGCGGAACCAUGUGCUGCUGCAUCGUCUCCUGCCCCUGUGGCGAAUUGGAAGAUCUCCAGCCCUGGGGACCAUCCUGAAGAGGUUAAAGCAAGGCUGAAAUACUGGGCCCAAGCAGUGGCAUGUACCGUUAGAUUAUGCAGCUGAUAGAGCACUCUUGUUUUAAUCUGUGAUCAGAAACAGAUUUUCGUGAUGAUCAACAACCAGGAAUCUUUUUGCAGAGAUGUCUGCACAGAUGCCUUUUGGUAUUCUGUGCACCUCUCUUGUUGGGGACAGCCUAGCCAGGAUCUGAUUCAAGAUGAUAGAAGAGAGAAAUGAGGUAGAAGAAAAAGAAGAAGGAAGAAAGUCGCCUGAACUCUAAGACUUACUAAUAAAUAACACCAUGUAGCUAAUCUGCCUCACCUAUACAUGAAUGUACCAAUAAUUUAAGAUUAAUAAGUGCAUUCCUCCCACCUUGGUACUGCUAUAUGAAUGUGGCUCUUUGCCAUUUUUCUUUUCUUUUAAAUCACCUUAUUGGCAAAUUUACGUUCUUUCUGCAAUUUUUAGCUGUACCUUCUGCAAUGGCUGCUGUUAUUGUAGUGAAGUUGGCUAUGGGGAUCCAUUGCAGUCAGACAGCAUUACAAGCAGGAUCUGAAGCUUCAUAUAUUGGUUUGCAAAGACAAGUCUUAAUGUGAGCUCCUGCAGUUUACUAUACAAUCUCGUUACAUUUCAUCUGACAGAGGACAGCCCUGGAACACUAAAUUCCCUUAUCUUCCAGGCAAUUCUAAUGGGCGACCGUGGUCCCUGAGACCGCAGGUUUUUGCCUUUUGGAGGUGAUUCCUUUAUGCUGGCAGAUGAGAGUAACAUUUCGUUUCAUUCCCGUGCCAUGGUUCCUUUGGUGUCUGGGACCACAGCGGUAUCUGUAUCAAUUAGAGCCCACUUGCACUGUCUACAUUCCAUUUAUUUCAGAAUUCCAUCCUGUAGUUUUGUUCUUCCUUGCCUUAACCAUCUCUUGCUUGCGCAUGCUACUGAGCAUUUAUGCUGAAGCCGUUGUUUGGCUACAGGGAUGUUGGAUCGCAAGUCACAUGCUUGUGUAUUGGCCUUUUCUGAUGGAGUUGGAAGCUUUCUUUGACAUGAUUGGAGUACGGAACAUAAACAUUGCCAUACUGCUGGAAUUUCUUCUGUUACUGAGUCUUGUAGAUCAGAAUCAAUUUAAUCUCUGAUCAGUGCUAGUAUUUAGACAGGCAGAUGAUUAGACCAUUCCAUGGCAGGAUUCUUAUACCUGUUUGCAUUCUUUAAUGAUUUGAUGUCACCGUCAGGAGUUUGUCA